AUGACUAAAGUCCAGAGGUCGAUAAGUAGCUUUUUCCCGAUUCGUAAGAAGACCGAGCUGGGUGGAGAUGGUGAGGGAAGUUCAAAAUCAUCAAAUAUUUCAAUUGAUCUUACUGAAGAGGAUGAUAAAAGUGAAACAACGCGUUCAUCUUUGAAUGAAGAUGUAGAGAUAAAUGAUAUAAAGCCACAGAUUGAGAUAGAGGAGAUAGCUGAAAUACCAAAGGAAGAAAAAAAAAUUGAAUCAAAGACUGUUGACCUGAAAGAGGAUAAAGAGUCUGAGGUGGAACCAAUGGAAUUGGAUAAAGAGGAACAGUCCGAUGAUUCCAAAUCAUUAACUCCAGAAGUACAACCUAAGCCAAAACGAAGAAUUCUGUCAACUACUUCGAGAGAAACCAAACGACUGAAGGUAAACCCACCUGCAAAGAAGCAUGCUAAAACAUCCUCAAAGCUUACACCAUUGGAGAAACAAAUUGUGGAGUUUAAACGCCAACACCCUGAUAAAGUACUUGCGGUUCAAGUUGGAUACAAGUUCAAGUUUUUUGGGCCAGAUGCUGUGGUUGCAGCAAGAAUUCUUAAUAUAAUGUUAGUUCCAGGGAAAAUCAAUUUGGAGCAAGAAGAUACUACCCAUGACAAAAUUGCAUACUGUUCCAUUCCAGACAAUAGAUUACAUAUUCAUUUACAGAGACUUUUGGCCCGUGGGCUCAAAGUUGGAGUCAUCAAACAAACCGAAACUGCAGCAAUCAAAUCUGUUGAAGGGAGUAAAAGUGGGUUAUUUGAACGUAAAGUUACUGCAGUUUAUACUAGAGCCACUUAUAUGGAUGACGAGCUUUUAACUAUGGGUAGUGGAGCAAAUACUGGAUACAGCUCUGUAGAAGAAGAUGUGGGGAAGUUUAUUAUUUGUGUUGAUGAGCUGGAUCUGUCGGGUCUCAUUGGAAUUGUAGCAGUUCUGCCAAUAACUGGAGAAAUUGUAUAUGAUAAUUUUGAGGAUAAUAUGAUGAAGAGUGAAUUAGAGACUAGAUUGGCAUACUUAUGUCCAAGUGAAAUAAUGGUGUUAAAUGAUCAACAAGGGAUUUCUAAAGAAGUUAAAAAAGUGGUGAACCUUGCAUCCAUCCCAAAUAAUAGUAAGGUUGUUCAUAUUCAAAAGAGGAGUCCCGAAGAAUAUACUCAACAAUUGACUGGUUUCUUUAAUACAGUUAAUACCAAUAGCUUAAUAGAAUUCUACGCUGGGCUACCAUCUAAUAUCCAAUCGUGUGUUGCUGAGUUAAUGCAAACUCUUUCAGAAUUCCAAUUGAGUAAUGUUUUCACAAUCACUUCGAAUGUGACGGCGUUCUCAAAUUCUAGAAAGUAUAUGCUUUUACCAGGAAAUACACUUCAACAAUUGGAAAUAUUUAGAAACACUUCAUCUACAGAAAAUGGAAAGGGAUCCUUAAUAUGGUUACUAAAUCAUACCAGAACAAGAAUGGGUCUGCGACUCUUUUGUAAAUGGGUGUCCAAACCGUUGGUUCAAAGGAUAGAUAUAGAGCAAAGGUUGGAUGCAGUGCUGCAAUUAAAAUCAGGGUUCAUACACUUUGUGGAAUCAUUCAUGGGUCAAUUAGAUAAGAUUGGAAGUUCAGGGUUAGAUUUUGAGAAAUGUUUAAUUAAAGUACAUUAUGCAUCUACUUACAAUCUGGAUAAAAUUGGAAGGAAAGAAAUCUUUCUAUUUUUAAAAUCUAUAUCUGAACUACUUUCCUUGGUGGAAAGCUUCAGAGAUCCUUUGGAAACACUUCUUCUGGAGGGAAAAAUUUCUUCAAAAUUACUUGAGGAUCUCUUUCUUAACUUGUUGGAUUGUUCACAAAACAAUAAUGUAGAUGGACUUUUAAAUAUGAUUAAUCCAUCAGCUGCAUUGGAAGAAAAGGAUUUAAUUGUUCAAAAAACUAAAUUUUUCCAACUUUACAACUUUACUUGGGAAGAAAUUGAAAAUGAACUAAACCAAAUUAAGAUUAUAGAAGCCGAACUUGAUAAUGAACUUCAAAACGCUAGAAAAAUGUUGAAAAGACCACAAUUAAAUUACAUUACGAACAUGAAAGAAACUCAUUUGAUUGAAGUGAGAAACGGAGCUAUGGCAAAGUCCUUACCAUUAAAUUGGAUUAAGAUCAGUGCUACAAAAUCAGUAUCAAGAUUUAGAUCGCCAGAGAUUACUAAGCUCCACAAGCAAUUACAAUAUCAUAAUGAUAUGUUACUCCAUGCGUGCGAUAGGGCAUAUACUACUUUCCUUGGAAAGGUUGAUGAUAAUUAUGAAUAUUUGGCAAGGAUAUCAAGAUAUGUUUGUGAAUUUGAUUGUCUAUUGUCUUUAACGGCUGCAAGUACAGUGAAUUUAAACCUUUGUAGACCUCAAUUUGUUGAUGAACAAGUAAUUAAAGUGAAACAAGGACGUAAUCCGAUUAUUGAAAACUUACCACAUACUGCGGCUAAUUACAUUCCUAAUGAUAUUGAUAUGUCUGAAGAACUGAAUCGAUGUCUGAUUAUUACUGGUCCUAAUAUGGGUGGUAAAUCGUCAUACGUUAGGGAGAUUGCUCUUAUUGUUAUCAUGGCGCAAAUUGGCUGCUAUGUUCCUUGUGAAAGUGCCACCCUCGGUGUCUUUGACUCCAUAUUUACUCGAAUGGGUGCCCAAGAUAAUAUCAUAAAAGGUGAAUCCACUUUUAUGGUUGAAAUGAUGGAAUGCAGUAACAUUAUCAAGAAUUGUACCAAGAAUUCAUUGGUAAUCUUGGACGAAAUCGGUAGAGGUACAGGAACCACUGAUGGGAUCUCUAUUGCCUAUUCGAUUCUUGAUUAUUUCAUCAAUAAUGUAUCAUCACCUCUAGUACUAUUCAUCACCCAUUAUCCAUCUUUGGGUUGCUUUGAGAGCAUGUAUCCAAUGAUUGUGCAUAAUUAUCAUAUGGGGUUCUUAGAAGUGGAAAAGAAGGGCCAAGAGUGGCCAGAUAUUGUAUUCUUGUAUACAGUUGUGAGAGGAUUAGUAAAGAAUCUGUACGGUUUGAAUGUUGCAAGACUUGCAGGGAUUCCUCCAAACAUCGUUUCACGGGCUCAUGAAAUGGCCCUGACUUUGAAAAAAGAUAUUGAACAUAGUCAAGGUAUAUCUUUCACCGUAGGGGUAUUAAAGGCAUUUAAUCAAUUACAAAAAGAUUCUUAUAAUCCGGAAAAACUUGUUGAUACAUUAAUGAGAUUAAGUUCAGAAUUAUAA